AUGGACUCUGAGAACUCCACGUCCCAAAACAUGCAGUCCCAAGCCCCCGCCCCUCGGCGCUGGGAUUGGAAGUAUGUGACCUUGUCUCUCAUCAGACACGCUCAGAGUGUUGGAAACAGCAAUCCACAGGGUACAGCCCACCGUCAGGAUGAAACUCUCGAGUUGACAGACAUCGGAAAGGGACAAGCUGAAAGGCUCGGUUCACGCUGGGCGAACGUCCGCAUCAACGCGCUGUACGCCUCCAAAUUCAGGCGCGCGAAGGACACAGCUCAAGCCCUCGCUGGUGCCAACACAUCGGUUCACGAGUUUGAAGAAUCGUCUUUAAUUGGGGAACGCUGCAUAGGGUCUCGAGCUCAACUUUACCUUGGCACCGGACAGCGUGAUGCGUACAUACAAGCGGUCAACAACGGCGCCAACCACCCCUACGUUGACCGGGCCUAUGUCCCUCCGGGUGGUGGAGAGAGUCUGAAUGUGGUGAAUCUACGGGCAAAAUCGAUGUUGCUCCGCAUAAUGGACCAGCAUGGUGCCAACAUUGACACCGUUCCUGAAGAGUAUCGUGUCGAAGACUUACACAAUCUCGGAUCCAAGCUUGAAAGCGACCCAGAAAAACUUCCUGACGGUAUUCCACACAUUGUGCUCGUCAGCCAUAAUGUCUUCCUAGCCGAGUUCUAUGAGAUGCUGUUGAAUUGGAAGAAGGCGGAACAUACGACGACAUUCACGAACUUUGGAAAUACAGGAUGUAACAGUCCGCAGGUCUCGCCAUCUCAUCCGAUGCCGUUGUGA